AUGGCCAGCUGCAUGUCUUUGCUUUUUGUUUUUUUCUCUCUGCAGCUGCACCUGUUGUGUGCCGUCACUCCGCCUGACUUCUUCUGUGCACUGAAACAAGAGGCUGUGACAAAGACUUGCAGAAAACCCACUACCCAGGGGAGUUCCAGGGCAGAAAUAUAUGCUACUCGAAAACUGGAGGAGGAAAUGGCUUCAGUACCUUUGCAAAUAAAAGCAGAGCCCAAUGUUAUGGCCAGAGAGACAAGUUUCAGUAGAUCAACAUCAGUGCCACAACAUGUGUCCUACCAGAAUGAAAGUCCAACAGAAGUCCCUUGGGAGAGUGUGACGCUGAACCGCUGUCUAUUCAUAGCAAUUACAAUCCUUGUGCUCACCUCUGGAUUUCAAAGACUUCAUGAAGCUUUGCAUGGCCAGAAAGCACCCCUUGAUGAGGAUGAAAGGCAAAUUAUGAGAAGAUAUGGAGCACUCAGACAUCGGACAGAGCCUGAGACAACCUUAUGGGAGGUAAUGUUAUCCUGGCUGCCAGACCUUGAUGAUGAGGAUGAAGUAAAAUUAAGGAAACGGAAACCAAAGAAACGAAGAGUUGUAAAAACGUUGAGUAAUCUUCGGAACCGACCACUCCCUGAUAAAUUAUUAAGACAAAAAGAGCAAAAUUCAAGCUAA